AUGGCACCCCCGGUGGCACCUCUACCCGGCCCCUCUGCGCCUCGUACGACGAUGUUGUCCAUCACGGACAUGCUUUGUGACACGGCCCCAGAGAAGCCCGCCCCAAAGAAGCCUGCUGGGAGCGGCACCUACAGAAAGAGUGCCACGCAGCGCGACGGCGUUCCGCCCCUCACUCGCGAAGAACUUGGGAAGCUCGAGUUUCAGGAAGGAACAGCGGUGAGGGUGAAUACUCUCCGAUUUGAUGGUCCCGGAGACGUGCCACGGUUGCGCCGCGGCUCUAUCGCACCCUUCGCCAAAUAUCCGCCCUCCUUGGAGCGGCACUAUUACCUCCCCUCGGGCAAACUCUGUCAUCGCUACAUGGUGAUCAUGGAUGACACGCGGGCAGUGAUGGGGCCCUUCUGUACCGCACUGGGAGAGAUCCUUCUAGCAAGUGGGCUUAUGUCUGCCAAACUCGAUGCUGCUUAG